AUGGCUAAUGGAGACAGAGCAGAAUGGGACUGCACUAUGCUAUUUCAUGCUAUCCUGUUCUCUGAUUCUAUCCAUGGACUAAGUCCACUGAUUAGAACCAACGUUGAUGAUCUUAGAAAGUUUCGAAAUGAAGACUUCGCUCACAUGAAAGAAGGUCAGCUCUCAAAUGCAGACUUCAGCAUCAUUGUUGGAAAAGUUGAGACAGCAUUUAGAGCCCUUGGCCUGUCUACUGCUGACAUCCAAACUGUAAGUAAGCAGAAGAGUUUUCCAACCGAUGAGUUGCAAAAACUUACUAAAGACCUUCAGACGAAAGAUGCGGAACUUCAAGACAAAGCUAUUGAAUUAGAGAAGAAAACAACAGAGCUUUUGCAGAAAGAUGUUGAACUUCAGGAAAAAAAAGACAAGUUACAAGAAAGGCAUACUAAACUUCAAGAGAAGGAAGCAGAACUUCGAGAGAACAAAGACAGGUUAAAAACUACACAAGAACAGCGCAAGGUCUUUGAAGAACAACUUCAGCGCGAGGUGGAGCCAUUUUGCGUCCUUCCACCCAGACCUCCCCAUGUGAUCGCAAGUCGCGACUCUGACGUUGCUAGAGUGUCACAGAAGCUCACUACCUUAAGGAAGGCUAACGUGAACAGUUUAAGCUUUUGUUAUAUUUCAGGCAAUCCCGGGAGUGGCAAAUCCCAGCUGGCUGGACUGGUUGCUGAGAAUUUCUACAAAGAAGCCCGAAAAGACACGAGUGCUCCUUCAUUUGUUAUGACUUUAACUGCUGAAAACUUAGAAUCGCUUUUAGAAUCAUACUUUUCACUGGCAAGAAAAGUACGCUGUCCCGCGUACACUAUAACUUCCACUGAAAACUCCAAGCUGAAUGCUGAACAGAAAAUAGCCAUUAUCAAAGAUUUAAUUGCGACAAAAAUUCACCUAUACUCAUCUUGGCUCUUGGUGAUUGACAAUGUCACAAAUCUCGCAACAAUGGCUCAGUUUCUUCCUGAGCGUGGGAAUGAGCAGUGGGGCAAAGGCCAGCUGCUUAUCACAACGCAAGAUUGCUCCUGUGUCCCACCUGAAAGUCCAAUCACAUCUCACCUUUCCAUAAGCAAAGGCAUGAUUUACACUGACGUUGCCAACCUUCUAUUCGAGCUCACUGGAAUCACAGACGAUGACAUGGGAAAAAAGGUAGCACACGCUUUGGAUUACCAGCCACUUGCACUAGCCAGUGCAGGAGUGUACGUGAGAAAGAUACGAAACACCAUUCCAACCUUUGGCUGGGAGGAGUACUUACAAAAACUAGAACAAGGAAAGCGUGAACGUACUGAAAAAGAACUUACCAAAGUAAACAAUAUCUACCCGAACUCUAUGACAGAAGCGACUAGGAUGGCCGUUAAAGAAGAAAUUGAUUCUAAUAAAAUAAUGAAGCAUGCUUUUACCUUUCUUGCUCUUUGUGCACCAGAGCCAGUGAGGCUACACCUGUUGACUACUUACGUUGUAAAUGCUGAUGGAGAGUUGGAUGAAGAGGAAAUAGGCAUUCAGAUCCAAGGUUCCUCCUUGCUGUUAAUCGACAAAGAGGAUGAUGUCAACAUUCGUUUGCAUAACGUAGUACACAAUAUUGUCAAGAGUUUAGUAAAAGAACAACUGCAAGCUGAUGAACAUGUCCGAGUUGUUUGUCUUGCGGUGGGGUCAUUUAGUAAGUAUAUAAACGAAGCAAUACCAAAGAUCCUGCAAAGUGCAGAUUCUGUGUCUGAAAGUAGGCAUAUUGUUCCACACUUGAAAACUCUAGCUGCCGAAAUUAAAAACGUUUUCUUUAGUACAAAGAAAUUUAUCAAAAACACUUUUGAAGAUUUAUGUAUAACUGUGNUUGGCUCUUGGUGAUUGACAAUGUCACAAAUCUCGCAACAAUGGCUCAGUUUCUUCCUGAGCGUGGGAAUGAGCAGUGGGGCAAAGGCCAGCUGCUUAUCACAACGCAAGAUUGCUCCUGUGUCCCACCUGAAAGUCCAAUCACAUCUCACCUUUCCAUAAGCAAAGGCAUGAUUUACACUGACGUUGCCAACCUUCUAUUCGAGCUCACUGGAAUCACAGACGAUGACAUGGGAAAAAAGGUAGCACACGCUUUGGAUUACCAGCCACUUGCACUAGCCAGUGCAGGAGUGUACGUGAGAAAGAUACGAAACACCAUUCCAACCUUUGGCUGGGAGGAGUACUUACAAAAACUAGAACAAGGAAAGCGUGAACGUACUGAAAAAGAACUUACCAAAGUAAACAAUAUCUACCCGAACUCUAUGACAGAAGCGACUAGGAUGGCCGUUAAAGAAGAAAUUGAUUCUAAUAAAAUAAUGAAGCAUGCUUUUACCUUUCUUGCUCUUUGUGCACCAGAGCCAGUGAGGCUACACCUGUUGACUACUUACGUUGUAAAUGCUGAUGGAGAGUUGGAUGAAGAGGAAAUAGGCAUUCAGAUCCAAGGUUCCUCCUUGCUGUUAAUCGACAAAGAGGAUGAUGUCAACAUUCGUUUGCAUAACGUAGUACACAAUAUUGUCAAGAGUUUAGUAAAAGAACAACUGCAAGCUGAUGAACAUGUCCGAGUUGUUUGUCUUGCGGUGGGGUCAUUUAGUAAGUAUAUAAACGAAGCAAUACCAAAGAUCCUGCAAAGUGCAGAUUCUGUGUCUGAAAGUAGGCAUAUUGUUCCACACUUGAAAACUCUAGCUGCCGAAAUUAAAAACGUUUUCUUUAGUACAAAGAAAUUUAUCAAAAACACUUUUGAAGAUUUAUGUAUAACUGUGCAUGACUUUCUCGUGCUUGGUCAUGUUUGCCGUCUCCAUAGUGAGUCCCCAUCAGCAAUGGACUACUUCAAUGUAGGUUUAAAAUUCAGCAAACACAAAAACAACAAGACAGUUCCUGACCACUUAGAAGAGGCGGGAAUUAUCGAGAACAUGGGUAUUCUACAUAAGUACUUGGGUGAUCAUCAACAGGCCAAGGAGUAUUAUGAACGUGCCUUGUCCAUACAAUCGAAUAAGCUUGGACCCGACCUUGUUGACGUCGCACGUACGUACCAUAACAUGGGUAACCUACAUCACGACUUGGGUGAGCAGCAACAGGCCAAGGAGUAUUAUGAACGUGCCUUGUCCAUACAAUUGAAUAAGCUUGGACCUGACCAUGUUGACGUCGCGAGUACGUACCAUAACAUGGGUUACCUACAUCACGACUUGGGUGAGCAUCAAAAGGCCAAGGAGUAUUAUGAAAGUGCCUUGUCCAUUAAAUUGAAUAAGCUUGGACUUGACCAUGUUGACGUCGCGAGUACGUACCAUAACAUGGGUAUUCUACAUGAGGACUUGUGUGAGCAUCAACAGGCCAAUGAGUAUUAUGCACUUGCCUUGUCUAUUAAAUUGAAUAAGCUUGGACCCGACCAUGUUGACGUCGCGAGUACGUACCAUAACAUGGGUAUUCUACAUGAGGACUUGGGUGAGCAUCAACAGGCCAAGGAGUAUUAUGCACUUGCCUUGUCUAUUAAAUUGAAUAAGCUUGGACCCGACCAUGUUGGCGUCGCGAGUACGUACCAGAACAUGGGUAACCUACACAAGGACCUGGGUGACCAUCAACAGGCCAAGGAGUAUUAUGAACGUGCCUUGUCCAUACAAUUGAAUAAGCUUGGACCCGACCAUGUUGACGUCGCGCGUACGUACCAUAACAUGGGUAACCUACAUAAGGACUUGGGUGAGCAUCAACAGGCCAAGGAGUAUUAUGAAAGUGCCUUGUCCAUUAAAUUGAAUAAGCUUGGACCCGACCAUGUUGGCGUCGCGAGUACGUACCAUAACAUGGGUAACCUACAUCACGACUUGGGUGACCAUCAACAGGCCAAGGAGUAUUAUGAACGUGCCUUGUCCAUACAAUUGAAUAAGCUUGGACCCGACCAUGUUGACGUCGCGAGUACGUACCAUAAGAUGGGUAACCUACAUGAGGACGUGGGUGAGCAUCAACAGACCAAGGAGUAUUAUGAACGUGCCUUGUACAUACAACUGAAUAAGCUUGGACACGACCAUGUUGACGUCGCGCGUACGUACCAUUUAUUAGGUGAUAUGCGGCGUGUUUUGGAUGCCCAGCAGCUGCUGGCUAACGAAAGUAAUGACCGUGCCUAG